UUCUGUUAAAAAAUUAAUCUUAUUGGAUAAUGUCUGGAUUUCCUGGUCAAGGAAAUCAUGUCGCCCUAUGAAAAAUGCAUAAUUUUGCGCAUUUUUCUAGUUGGAUUUGAAUUUUGGAAGAGACUUUGUGCAGAGCAUGGUAUCAGUCCAGAAGGAAUUUUGGAAGAUUAUGCGACUGAAGGAACUGAUAGAAAGGAUGUUUUCUUUUAUCAGUCAGAUGAUGAACAUUACAUUCCACGUGCUGUUCUUUUGGAUUUGGAACCUCGAGUUAUACAUACUAUUAUGAAUUCUUCAUACUCGAAGCUCUACAAUCCAGAAAAUGUUUAUUUAUCAAAACAUGGGGGUGGUGCUGGAAAUAACUGGGCUUCUGGAUACCAUCAGGGAGAGAAACUUCAAGAGGAAAUUUUCGAUAUCCUGGAUCGAGAAGCAGACGGAAGUGAUAGUUUAGAGAAUCAAAAAUCAGUUUAA